GGCAGCAGCAGCAGCAGCGAUGGCGCGGCUGGUGGCGGUGUGCCGGGACGGCGAGGAGGAGUUCCCGUUCGAGAAGAGGCAGAUCCCCCUGUACAUCGAUGACACCCUCACGAUGGUGAUGGAAUUUCCUGAUAAUGUGCUGAACCUCGAUGGACAUCAGAAUAACAGUACACAAUUGAAACAGUUCGUGCAGAGACACAGCAUGCUGAAGCAGCAGGACCUGAGCAUUGCCAUGAUGGUGACGUCGCGGGAGGUGCUGAGCGCGCUGUCGCAGCUGGUGCCGUGCGUGGGCUGCCGGCGCAGCGUGGAGCGCCUCUUCUCCCAGCUGGUGGAGUCAGGGAACCCUGCCCUGGAGCCCCUCACCGUGGGGCCCAAGGGGGUGCUCUCAGUCACUCGUAGCUGCAUGACUGAUGCCAAGAAGCUUUACACACUCUUCUACGUGCAUGGGUCCAAACUGAAUGACAUGAUUGAUGCAAUUCCCAAAAGUAAGAAGAACAAGAGGUGUCAGCUCCACUCCCUGGACACACACAAACCAAAACCUUUGGGGUCUGAAAAAUGUUUGGUAAUACUAUGUGACAGUGAAAGGAGCAGUAGCAGACUCAGUUCAAAGAAAUUAAGAGCAGUUAAGAAAAGUAGAGAAGACAGGAAGAGGAAAGAGAGCAAGUGUAGCAUCAUUUUCUGCUAUGGACCUUCCCAGGGAGCAGUCAGGGGUUGCUGGAUGGAUGUGUGGGAGCUCAUGUCCCAGGAGUGCAGGGAUGAAGUGGUCCUGAUUGACUCCAGCUGUCUCCUAGAAACGUUAGAAACCUACCUGAGGAAACACAGGUUUUGCACCGACUGCAAGAACAAAGUGCUGCGUGCCUACAACAUCCUGAUAGGGGAGCUGGACUGCAGCAAGGAGAAGGGUUACUGUGCUGCCCUGUACGAGGGGCUGCGCUGCUGCCCCCACGAGCGCCACAUCCACGUGUGCUGCGAGACCGACUUCAUCGCGCACCUCUUGGGCCGGGCCGAGCCCGAGUUCGCAGGAGGGUAUGAACGCAGAGAGAGGCACGCCAAGACCAUAGACAUUGCCCAGGAGGAGGUUCUCACCUGCCUGGGCAUCCACCUCUACGAGAGGCUGCACCGCAUCUGGCAGAAGCUGCGGGCUGAGGAGCAGACGUGGCAGAUGCUCUUCUACCUGGGGGUCGAUGCUUUACGCAAGAGCUUUGAGAUGGCUGUGGAAAAAGUGCAGGGCAUUAGUCGAUUGGAGCAGCUCUGUGAAGAGUUUUCAGAAGAAGAGAGAGUGAGAGAGCUUAAACAAGAGAAGAAACGCCAGAAGCGGAAGAACAGACGGAAAAAUAAAUGUGUGUGUGAGAUCCCUGCUCCUCUGCAGGCAGCAGAAGAGAAGGACAUCAAUCAGGCAAAGGAGAACUCAAACUUCACGGAAAGCAGCUGCAAAGCCUGUGGUAGCACCGAAGAAGCCAACAACUGUGUAGAAGUAAUUGUUACUAAUGAAAGCACUUCUUGCACUUGUCCUAGUAGUGGUACCCUAUUAGGCUCACCUAAAAUCAAGAAAGGUUUAUCUCCACACUGUACUGGCAGCGACUGUGGCUAUUCCUCGAGCAUGGAGGGCAGCGAAACGGGGUCCCGGGAGGGCUCGGACGUGGCCUGCACUGAGGGCAUCUGCAACCAUGAUGAAAAUGGGGACGAUGCCUGCGUCCAUCGCUGCGACGACAAGGAGGAGGAUGGAGACAGCUGUGUGGAGUGCUGGGCUAAUGCAGAGGAGAGUAACACAAAAGGCAAAAACAAAAAGAAGAAAAAGAAAAGUAAAGCUUUGAAGUGUGAGAAUGACCAUAUUCAGAAACUUGGGAGCUGUCUGGCAGAUGCAGGUAGCAGAGAGACCUCAGGAAAUCUCACGCACACAGAGUUUCACCGCGACAAGACCAAAGACACACACGCUGAGAGCUGCUGUAGCGCAGACAAAAGCGGCCAGCAGUUGCCUUGGUUUGAGCAUAUGAAAAAUGUGUCACAGUUUGCAGAACCUACAGAAAUGUCACUUGUCCCUGAUACUGGAAAAGGUGCCAAAAGCUUAGUGGAACUCCUUGAUGAGUCAGAGUGUACUUCUGAUGAGGAACUGUUCAUCUCCCAGGAUGAAAUCCAAUCCUUCAUGGCAAACAACAAGAAUUUCUACAGCAACCGGGAGCAGUACCGGCAGCACCUGAAGGAGAAGUUCAACAAGUACUGUCGCCUCAACGACCACAAGGGGCCCGUCUGCAACAGCUGGCUGGCAACAGCUGGAGCCAACUGAGCCCAGUCCAAUCUGUCACUGAAACUCGAGAUGACUACUGCGCCUUCUCCUUCCAAACUUAAUUUAGUGACUUACGGCAAAAUUUUAUCUUAAAUUAAUGUGAUUCUUCUUUUUUUUUUUUUUUUCCUUUUUUUUUUUUUUUUUUUUUUCGGGGGGAGGCUGGUGGAGGUGAUUUCCUUAAUUUUGUUCUUUCUCCAGGCUUGUAUCUUUAGUUGAAUAGCUGUGCAAGCCUCUCUUCUAAUUUAAGCCAUCUCUUUUCAUUCAAUGUUUCUCUUCCUGUGAGACUUA